AUGUCAAAAUCCCACCAUCAUACAACUUCUUCUUCUUCUUCUUCUCCUUCAUCCUCUGAGUACAUAUUGCAGAGCAACUCCACACACUUUGAUGAUCAUCAAGACACCAGCUUCAGCAGCACCGAAACUACGUCGUCCUCCUUCCCCACCGCCGUCUCUUUCCGCUGCCUUUCCUCCCUCCGAAUCCCGACUUCGCCUAUCAGCUGCCUCGCGGUCCACCGCAACUCCCUCUACGCAGCAUCCACCAACGAAAUCAACGUCUUUGAUUUGACAACCUACGCCCUGAUCGAACGGUUUAGCUGCAAAGAACCUGGCUCCGGCUCCGUGAAGUCCAUUGCAUUCGCCGGAGGGAAGAUCUUCACCGCUCACCAAGACCGCAAGAUCAGAGUCUGGCAACUCAUGCCCUCCAAACGACACAGUCUCGUCUCCACGCUUCCCACCUUCAAAGACCGUCUACGCCACUGCCUCUUACCGAGGAGCUACGUUCAGGUGAGACGCCACAAGAAGCAACUCUGGGUCGAACAUGCAGACGCUGUCUCCGGGUUGGCAGCCACUGAAGGUUUUCUGUACUCAGUUUCGUGGGACAAGAGUUUUAAGAUAUGGAAAACAUCUGAUUUACGAUGCCUCGAGUCUGUUAAAGCCCAUGACGACGCUGUUAACGCCGUCGCCGCAGCACCGGGAGGUGCCGUUUACACGGCUUCUGCCGACGGAAAGAUAAAGGUCUGGGAGAGAGGCGCCUUGAUGGCCACUCUAGAGAAGCACAGAUCAACCGUGAAUGCCCUUGCAUUGAGCUCUGAUGGAUCGGCAUUAUUUUCAGGGGGUUCCGACCGUGAGAUAUUGGCGUGGGAGAGGGAUCCUAUCAGUGAUAGUUCCAACGUCCAUAAUCAUAUGUUAGUUAAAUGGUCGUUAGCUGGUCAUAGAGGUCCUAUUUUGUGCUUAAUCUACGCUGAUGAUUUGUUGUUUAGCGGGUCGUCAGAUCGGACGGUGAGGAUAUGGCGACGAAGCAGCAAUGAAGGUGGGUACCGGUGCUUGGCGGUGUUGGAAUGGCAUUCGAGCCCGGUAAAGUCGCUGGCGGCGGUUUCCGGCGGUGUUUCGAAUGGCCUUGUUUCAAUCUGCAGUGGAAGUCUUGACGGAGAGGUGAGGCUUUGGCAUAUCGAUAGAUCACAGACUUAACAGUAUCAUCAUGCCUGAGAAGAGAAGUAUAGCAGUUCGAGAUCGAAAACAGGAAUUUGCGUCGUAAUGAUAGAGCAUGUGACCAUUGAGAGAUAAUUGAUUUGUGCCACUUAUAUUAAUUUUUUA